UUACAACAUGGUCAGUCAACCACGAUGAACAUGAUGUCGGUUGAUUUAUAAAUGAAAAUUUUUUUAGAUGUAGUGUUUCUAUUCUUUUACUCUUUAUUCAUAUUUCACAAGUAUAGUUUGACUUAAUAAUGAGCUCACCAAAGCCUGUAGAGUCUGGAAGUGACAUACUUUCAAAAAAUACAAGUUAUUUACAAUAUGAAAAUUCCAAAAAUAGUUCUCAAGAGAACACUUCUUCAAAUAAUGGUGUAUGGGGAUCUCUUGUAGAUUCGUUCAAGCCAGCCGUACAGAACACUGGUAUGACCAGUAGAAUGGUGUCCGAAGAAGAAGAAAGAGGGUUAACUGACGUUGAAAGAGCUGCUCUCAGAUCUGCAAACUCCCAAUUAUCCCGUUCUUUGAAGACUAGACAUUUACAAAUGAUCGCUAUUGGAACUUCAAUUGGUACCGGGUUGUUUGUGGGGUCUGGUAGUGCUUUGAGCAACGGUGGUCCAGCUGGUCUUCUUAUUGCCUGGUCUUUAAUUUCUACUGGUGUUUUCGCAACAAUGCAAGGUCUUGGUGAACUUUCUGUCACAUUCCCUGUUAGUGGAGGGUUUAAUAUUUAUGCCACUAGAUUCAUCGAACCUGCUAUUGGGUUUGCCGUUGGUUGGAAUUAUUUCAUGCAAUUCCUUGUGUUGUUACCUUUGGAACUUGUUGCCGCUUCUAUUACCAUCAAAUAUUGGAACCAUACUAUAAAUUCGGAUAUUUUCGUAUUAAUAUUUUGGUUUUCUGUCUUAUUCAUCACAUUACUUGGUGUAAGAGGUUAUGGUGAAGCUGAAUUCAUUUUCUCCUUCAUUAAGGUCAUUGCUGUUAUUGGGUUCAUCAUCUUGAGUAUCGUGUUAAUCUGUGGUGGAGGUCCAACUCAUGAAUUUAUUGGUGGUACCAACUGGCGUAAUCCCAGUCCAUUUGCUCAUGGUUUCAAAGGUGUAUGUUCUGUCUUUGUCACCGCUGCCUUCAGUUUUGGUGGUACCGAAAUGGUUGGUUUAACUGCGCUGGAGUCCGAAAACCCAAGAAAGGCUAUUCCAAAGGCCAUCAAGGCCACGUUCUGGAGAAUCUGUAUCUUUUAUUUGGUUUCCUUGACUAUGGUUGCCACUUUAGUUCGUUGGGAUGAUGAUAGAUUACUUGGUGCUUCUAGUGUCGAUGCUACUGCUUCUCCGUUUGUUAUUGCUGUCGUUAACGGUGGUAUUAAGGCUGUUCCUAGUAUUAUCAACGUUGUUAUUUUGAUUGCAGUCUUAUCAGUUGGUAACUCCUCUGUCUACGCUACUUCAAGAUCUUUGAAUUCUCUUGCUGAACAAGGUAUGGCUCCAAAAUGGACAGGUUACGUUGACAGAGCAGGUAGACCAUUGGUUGCAAUUCUUAUCACUAACGUCUUCGGUCUCUUUGCAUUUAUUGCCGCUUCAGACAAACAAGUUGAAGCUUUCAACUGGUUACUUGCUUUAUCUGGUUUAAGUUCUAUUUUCACUUGGAUUUCCAUUAAUGUCAGUCAUAUUCGUUUCAGAGCUGCUUUGAACCGUCAAGGUAGAAACACUGGUGAAUUAAUCUAUGUUGCCCAAGGUGGUGCUAUUGGAUCUUACUAUGGUCUCAUUUUAAACCUUUUAGUUUUGAUUGCUCAAUUCUGGAUUGGAUUAUUCCCAAUUGGUGGUAAGCCAAAUGCUUACGACUUCUUCUUGUCAUAUUUAGGUCUUCCAGUCGUCAUGGCCUCUUGGUUAUCCUACAAGGUAUGGAAGCGUGAUUGGACUUUGUUCAUUAGAGCCAAGGAUAUCGACGUUAAUACUGGUAGAAUCAAUAUUGAUCCAGAUGUACUUCAACAAGAAUUGGCCGAAGAGAGAUCUUUAUUGGCCAAGAAGCCAUUCUAUUACCGAGUAUACAACACUUGGUGCUAAUUCAAAACUCACAUUUCAUAUAUAUACAUGUAUAUAUUCAGCAUUUAUAGCAUUAAUUGUAUUUUUAGAGAAUAA